AUGGUUGGUUUAGGAUAUGCGCUUGGAGUUGGACUUCAACAUCAUCAUCGCUUUCUUCUUCUCACACGUUCGCCUUCUUCAUUAUUCCCUCAUUCUUCCUCAAUCCAGAAUCACCCCAACUUCACUAUUUCAAAUGCUCGAAAAAGGCCUAGGUUUUAUGUACCUCACAAUAAUACCCAAAAUAGAGACGCCAAGGAAGAGGAAGAAGCUUAUUCUUCAUCAGAACGAAAUUCCGGAAUCAUAUCCUCAUGCUUGGUUGGUCUCUUAACCGGCGUCGCAGUUGUUCUCUUCAACAGUGUUGUUCAUGAAAUUCGUGAUUUGUCUUGGGAUGGGAUUCCCGAUCGAGGAGCCUCAUGGUUGAGAGAAGCACCUAUUCAGGAUACAUGGAAAAGGGUUAUACUUGUUCCCGCUUUUGGAGGACUUAUUGUCUCUCUCCUCAACCUCCUUUCCGAUUCCCAACCUUUCUUGAAAGCCAUUGCAGCUUCCGUUACUUUAGGUACCGGUAAUUCCUUAGGUCCUGAGGGUCCCAGCGUUGAUAUUGGCACCUCCAUUGCCAAAUGGAUUGCUUCAACUCCUUUCUUCACCUCCGCCAGAAUUCUUCCCCUUCUUGCAGCUGGAUCUGCUGCCGGUCUCGCUGCUGGUUUCAAUGCUGCUGUUGCUGGUUGUUUCUUUGCGGUUGAGUCUGUCCUGUGGCCCUCUGAUUCUAAUUCAUCUUUAUCGCUUACCAAUUCUACUUCCACUGUCAUUCUCAGUGCUGUCAUAGCUUCUGUCAUUUCUGAAAUUGGCCUUGGCUCUCAACCAGCCUUUCAAGUUCCAGAUUACGACUUCCGUUCUCCUGCUGAGCUCCCGCUGUAUUUGUUGCUGGGUAUUUUAUGUGGUUUGGUAUCAUUAACCCUAUCUUGGUCUACAUCCUAUAUGGUUACUAUAUUUGACAAUCUUCACAAGGUCACUGGCAUGCCAAAAGCUUCUUUCCCUAUAUUGGGAGGAUUAUCGGUUGGGUUCAUAGCAUUGUUAUACCCUGAAAUACUCUACUGGGGUUUUGAGAAUGUUGACAUUUUGUUAGAAUCUCGCCCAUUUGUCAAAGGUCUCUCCACCGACCUAUUGCUUCAGCUAGUAGCUGUCAAGAUAGUUGCAACUUCUCUGUGUCGGGCUUCUGGAUUAGUGGGAGGCUAUUAUGCCCCGUCUCUCUUUAUUGGCGGUGCAACUGGGAUGGCUUACGGGAAGUUAAUUGCCUUGGCUGUUGCUCACUCUAAUUCUGUGAUUGACCUCUCUCUUUUGGAAGUGGCCUCACCACAAGCUUAUGGUCUGGUUGGAAUGGCUGCGACUCUUGCAGGAGUUUGCCAAGUGCCACUUACUUCAGUUCUGCUUCUGUUUGAACUGACACAGGACUAUCGGAUCGUUCUACCCCUACUUGGAGCAGUAGGCUUGUCUUCAUGGAUUUCAUCUGUACAGACAAAGAGAGGUGAUGAAAGGGAUGGAAAAAAAUUGAAGAUACAAAACUCAAAUUAUUCUUCGCUCCCAGAAAUAUCUUCUCGUAGUUCAGUUAAGUCGUCUACUGGGGAUACCUUUGCUGAAGGUGUGUCAUAUUUGAGUAAUUCAUCUCAAGUGGAAAGUUCUAGUAGGGUAGAGGAUAAGAAUGAUGAAACAGUGAAUUUUGUAACGAGAACAUUAGUUUCGGAAGCCAUGAAGACAAGAUAUGUGACGGUUUUCAUGUGCACACCGCUUACUAAAGUAAUAGAUCUCAUGCUUGCAGAGAAACAGUCUUGUGCAGUAAUUGUUGAUACUGAUGAUACUUUGAUUGGUUUAUUGACACUUAUAGACAUUCAAGAGUACGGAAAAUCUGCAAAAGCUGGAAUCAAAAAUUCCAAGGAGAUUUUAGUUUCUGAAUUAUGUGUUUUAAAUGGAGGAAUAUGCAGUGCACCAUGUACUGCUACUCCAGAUAUGACACUUCAUCAUGCUCAAAUGAUUAUGAAAGAACAUGGAGUCAAUUAUGUUCCAGUUGUGAGGAACAUCAAUGAAAGAACUUAUCCAGUUGGCUUGUUAGACCCCGACAGCAUCAGUCUAACAUACAGUGUUUUGGCCACAAGAAAGUCCCUCAGCUGA